CGCAUUCCAUGAGUUCAGACCGCCCACAGUUAUUGGUUGAUAAAAUUCUAAUGAGGCAAAAGUGCAAGGUAUAUAAAGGCCCGAUGCUAGUUAGAAACCAAACAAAGCCAAUCGUCAUGGAAGCUCAAUUGAUUCUAGUCUUGCUGCUCGGCGUGCUGACAUCUGGAAAGUCCAUGGGUAAUGGAAUUGAUCUGGAUGCCUAUUUUGAGAGUGUGGACAGCAGUUCACAGGAGCGUGUGGUUGGUGGUUAUGAUGUGCCGGAAGAUGAGUAUGUGCCUUACCAGAUAUCCAUGCAGUUCCUCACACGCAGCGGAAAACAGCGUCACUUUUGCGGCGGAUCCCUCAUCGCACCCAAUCGUGUGCUGACUGCGGCGCACUGUGUCAAUGGACAGAACGCCAGUCGCAUUACCGUAGUUUCUGGAGUGCGGGAUUUGAAUGACAAUAGCGGUUAUCGCUCCCAGGUGCAGUCGUACGAAAUGAAUGAAAACUAUGAGGAGCUGGUGACCAGUGACAUCGCCAUACUCAAAAUCGAUCCACCCUUUGAACUGGAUGGCAAGCGGAUCAGCACAAUCGAUGUGAGCAGCAAUGAGCUUGUGGGCGCAGAUCAGGAUGUGAUGCUUACCGGUUGGGGUUCCGUUUUCCACUUUGGUACUGGACCCUUUGCCAAAUAUCCCACAAUUCUGCAGAAGCUCUCCUACAAAACGUUGGCCAAUGAUAAAUGCAAACAGACCAUGACGCAGCUGACGAACACCGAGAUUUGUGCCCUGGAACGUUUCGGGAAGGGUGCCUGCAAUGGUGAUUCUGGUGGUCCUUUGGUUAUGGUCAAUGGCGAAUCUCUAAAACAGGUGGGCGUUGUUUCAUAUGGCACCGCUUUCUGUGCCUCCAACAGUCCCGAUGUCUACACUCGCGUCUCCAUGUUCGAGUCUUGGAUUAAGGAACGCAUGUCUUAAGCUCAACAUGCGGUAACUUCUACAGAAAUCCAAGUCAAUCCAAUAAAUACAUUAUUUCAACUUACUGAAAUCACAAAACGUAAAAAAAAAAUUUGGACACUGGGAUAUAUUGACUGCUCUUCAACACUACUUGCAAGCAGUCUAAGUGUACAUAUCAAGCAGUGUCAGCAAAUAAGUCUGCUUGCUUUCGUGCUGUGCUUGACAGUUUCCCAUCAUUUUCUGUUGCAUACUUUUGUGCACGCUCAAAAAUGCAAAAUAAAUUCAGCAGAUUUACAGU